UGCAUGGCACUGUUUUAUUUUUAUUUAUGUUUUAUGUAAACUGAAAACUGAUGAUCUAGAGCAAAUGACCUGAUAAAAGGAUUGAAUUCUCUCUCACUUUUGUCAACAAUAAAAAUUAUUCAUUAUCUCUCUUAGUUUUUACAAUGAAUUGUUUAAAAAUAAAUUUUCUUCUCGACUGUUCAUUUUUUUAAUUAUCUAAAUAGUUUGACAUAUGCUGAUAUCGAAACUUUGUUUACUUCUUAAAAUAUUAGUGACAAAUGAAGCUAAAUAAAACUUUUUGCUCAUUGUGACCACUACUUUUUUAGGGUAUAUAUUUUAUUGAACUUUGCCAAUCUGGAUUGUUGUUUCAUGAAAUGUUUACAGCCUUGAAAAAGCUAGUCAGUAGUCAUGACGCGCCAUCCAAAGGUAGUCCUCCUCCUGGUGUUCAGGCUAUGGGUCUCAACUUGCAAAGAAAAUUUGCAAAAGGGGUACAGUAUAACAUGAAAAUCAUUAUAAAAGGUGAUAGAAAUGUUGGAAAAUCUUGUUUGUUUGAACGCUUACAAGGAAAAAAAUUUGUCGAAGAAUAUCUCCCUACUGAAGAAAUACAAGUAGCUAGUAUUCAGUGGAACUAUAAAGCUACAGAUGAUAUUGUGAAAGUAGAAGUGUGGGAUGUUGUAGACAAAGGAAAGAAAAAGAAGAAAAUUGAUGGCCUCAAAUUGGACAAUAAAGUUACUGAGCAGGUACCUGAAGAAGCUGCUCUUGAUGCAGAAUUCAUAGACGUUUAUAAGGGUACUAAUGGCGUUAUCAUGGUGUUAGACAUCACUAAACAAUGGACCUUUGCAUAUGUUCAGCGAGAACUGCCACUUGUUCCUCACCACAUUCCAGUCUUAGUAUUAGCUAACCAUAGGGAUAUGGGGCAUCAUCGUACUGUAACAGAAGACCAAGUGAAAUUCUUUAUUGAAGGGUUGGAAAGACCAAGAGACAGUGCUCAAAUACGGUAUGCAGAAGGCUCAAUGAGAAAUGGUUUCGGAUUGAAGUACCUUCAUAAAUUUUUUAAUCUUCCAUUCUUGCAGUUACAAAAAGAAACUUUAUUGAAACAACUUGAAAUUAAUAAUAAUGAAAUUCAAGCUACUGUUGAGGAACUUGAUUGUUUGUCAGAAUCUGAAGAGCAAAAUUAUGAUGUCUUUUUAGAUAAUUUGACAAAUCGUCGUCGACAAGUUGCUGAGCAACUUUCUCAACUAUCAUCGCCAUCCAUUGAAUCUGUGAAUGCUUUUUCAGUAGGACAAGUUAAUGGUUCUCAUGAUUUAUCCCCUUCUACUCCAAAUAAUUAUCCACUCCCACCGCAAAUUGCAUCUAAAAGUGUUUCAAUGCCUGCCAACUUAUCCCAAGCCAGUAAUGAAAAUCAACAUGCACCUGUUGUUAUUAUUCCACCUGUACCACUGGCUACCCCUUCUAAAGAAGCUCCGAAAAAAGAGUCUGGUUUUAUUUCAAGACUUCUCAACAAAUCUUCAAGCCCACCUGUACAGCCUUCCUCAUCUGAAAUGCCUUCCACAAAUGAAAAUUCUCCAAAGAAGGUUUCUAAACUGCCUGGGGAUAUUACUAAUGUAGAUGAUUUUGUUCCUGAUGAUGCAGAUCAAACAUUCAAUUCAUUUUUAGAAGAGUCCCCUAAAAAGUCAGCUGAUGACAUAAGAACGGAAACUCCCAAACUUGACUCUGACAGCGAUGAGGAGGAUAAUGUUGCCAAUCCUAUGGUAGCUGGUUUUCAAGAUGAACUAGAUCCAGAAGAUGCUGUCACUCAUAUACAGAGUUUUAAGCUGAAUAAUUUAGAAAUUGUUAAUGAUCCAAGUUCAGAAGAUGAGGAUAAAACAGUAAUAACAAAUCACAGUUCAAACUCCAGUGUUAAAACUAACCAUCAGAAUUAUGAGCCACCUCUUGAUAUAAAGGAUAUAGAAGAGCCUUCUGUGGAAAUUCCUCCAGAUGUUCUUCCUGUCAGCAUGCUAACAUUAGAGGACGAAGACUUAAAUAUUUUAGAAAGUAUGUACGACUACAAACGAAAAACUUCAAGUGAAACUCCCAGUGUUCCAUCCCGAUCCUCUCCCAGCGCAACACCAGAAGGUUCUGAAGCUGUGAGUGAAGAUUCUACAUCGACAAAAACUAAAAAACAUAAACACAAAAGUAAACAUAAGGAUGAAACUAAGAGCCACAGGAAAUCACACAAGCACAAAAAACAUAAAGAGAAAGAAAACACGAGCCAGGCUGAAACUGUCAAGAAAAAGAAACAAAAAGAAGUUGGAGAUUUGGAUAGCUCUUCCGACGUUGAUAGAUUGGAAGAAUUCUUAGGGAACGGGGACUCGGAAGUGUCAAAGCCGCAAUACGAAGUAUUCUAACCAGUAGCCUCUCUUUUUAAAUUUUCAAAACAUAAAUAUGGUUGUCUUUUGAUGACUGGACUAAGUGUAGAGCCUGCCAGAUAUUAAAUGCAUUUGCUAUAACCAGUUUCAUGUAUUAUAAGAUGAGACCUUCUGGUUUUGAAACUAGUUCUAUCCAAUAUUAAAUAUUUUGAAAAAAAAAAACUUAUGUAUCUUUUUUUAUUUUGCCUUAAUUGAAAGAAAGAAAAUACUAAAACAAAUGAUUAAACAGAGCUGUGGAGUUGAUAGUUAAAAUAUUUGAUUCAAAUUCAACUUUAUGAGAGCUCGACUUCCGCCUAUUUUCACCAAAGCCUACGAAUCAGUUUGUGAAUUCUGUCCAUAAUAGGUAUUACGGGUUUUAACUCAUGAUUUUUCUGGGAUGACCAAUUUUUUGUUUGGUGAGCUUAUUUUGUACACACAAUUAUAAAUAUUUGCAAAAAUAAUGUUUAAGAAAUCAAAGCCUCUCUCUUUAUAUAUAUAUCUAUAGGACAUUACUUUUAACUCAUUGAAGCAAAUUUCUCCAAAUUCUUGACUCUGACUCCACAGUUUUGAUUUUAAUCAAUGCACUAUCUUGAAUGCAUAUUCAUCUCUACUUUGCUUUAUACUAACCUGUUUUGUGCCAAUAAAAAUUUCUUUUUGUUGUUUUUCCAUCUGUUAAACUAAUUAGGUAUCCUAAAUACAGCAAAGAGUAAAAGUGAUUUACUGCCACUUUAAUACUUUGGAUUGAGCUGGUUUUGAUUAAAACUGAUUAGUUGCUGGAUUUUAUCGGUUAUUUUUUGAGUGAAAAACUAAUGGUACCUGCUUUUUUUGUAGCUUAGUAGUCAAAAAAUGCUUAAUGUUUCAAUUAAAAAAUGAAUUAUUUUGUUGUUAUUAAAUAUGUUCAUUUUUAUAUUAAUUUUGUUUCUUAAAAUAUAAGAAAUUCAACAUGGAAAGAGCUUUUACUAUAAAGAAAAGUUGAUUUUAAUCAGAAUUAAAAGGUUAACGAAUCAGAAGAACUGAUUAAAAAGCAGGUAGUUUGUUAAAGAAUUGAAAACGAAAAUUAAGAUGUUAUAAUUAUUCAUAGAAAUACUAUAAAUGUUACUUAUUAUUUUUUUUACUGUUUAUAGUAUACAUAGUUUAAAGGUUGUCUAACUUUUCUAUUCCAUUUAAGUAUAAAAAGUUUUCUUUCUUAUAUGAUACAUAGAUGAUUCAUUUGAAAAAAAAAGGUACAAUUUUAAGAUAAAAAUGAUUUAUUAAAUUGCUAUUUUAAAAAGAAACAGCUUCAUUAUAUAACUACAGUAUAUUUUAAUUUGUAUUAUAUUAUUAUGUCACUUAAUAAAAAAAAUUAUAGAAUUGCUUCAUAAAAUGCAGCGAUUUGUAAUAGCAAAUGUGUUAAAUAUCUCAGAAAAGCUGCAUUUUAAUACAAGUGCUUUUUCUGUAAACAAAAAAAAUAAAACAUAAUUGUACCAUCCAUUUGAAAAUAUUGUAAGCUGUCCAAAUGUUCAAGAUUGCAAAAUUUUAAUUUUUUAUUGAAUUUUGAUGUUGUAUAAAGUACUUAAAAAUACAAAGUUUUGUUCAAAUUAGCCAAGUUUUUUGAAGCUGUGCAACUGAGAGAAAUGUUUGUAAAUGUUUUUUGAUUAUUAUGCAUUAAAGGUAUUAUCUUAAAAAUAA